AUGAGAGUAGUUAUUGUGGGCGCUGGGCUUUCGGGUCUGUCUCUUGCAGCCUUUCUGCGUCGUUUGAACGUUGAUUGCGUCGUCUUGGAACAGGCACCGUUUUUGCGGGCAAAUUAUCAGAUGCCUUUUACGUUGUUUGCAAAUGCGUUAAGUUGUUACAAGGCGUUUGGAAUGGAUCACGUGUUAAGCGGGGGUGAUGUUGUUUCAGAGGACUAUUUUGGGAUCUUGGACGAGCGUCUCCGAUGGUUGCUACGCGUGCGCAACCGGAUGGUGCACCUGAGAGCUUUAGGCGACGGGGAGAUGAUACCUCUCAGCACCGCACCACCCGCCAACAGUGAGUCCAUUGUAUCCCAGCGUAUUCAGGAGAAGAUGAAGCAAGAGCUUGGUAGCGUUCCGCUUCGCGCAACAUUCUCUGCGGAUUAUCUCCGCCGAAUUCUUCGUUAUCAUGUGGAGGAUGUGCGUUUCAAUAGUCGAGCCGUGGAUCUUUUGCCGCACGAUGGUAUCAAGGGCGGUGUACACGUUGUUUUAGAGAAUGGUCAAACAGAGUGGGGGGAUGUUGUUGUGGGGGCAGAUGGUGCACACAGCACGAUUCGGAGGCUUCUGUACCCAAGCGAAUAUAUUGGUACCAGCUCCCGUUCACUGGGAAUGACGCAGGUGGAUGGGUUUGUGGAGCUUGGCCAUGAUGUUUGUCCCACCGGAGACUAUCCUGUCGAGGUCUGGGGCAGGCGGCGUGUGCUAUCAUGUGUGCCACUUUACUGCGACGGAAAGGUUCAAUUGGCCUUUUCAGCCACUCUCUACGAUCCACCCAUGGAAGUUGUGGAUAUUCACAGCGAAACGGACGCCAUGGCUGUGCGGGAUGUCUAUCGUGCUUUGCUACACCGCGAAUUUGCGGCGUUCGGUGAUGAUAUUACUGUUCUUCUGCAGCGAGCGGAGGUGGCUGUGCCCACCGAACUGGUUGAGGUUCCUGUUAUGCCGCGAUGGUUCAAUAAGCGUGCGGUGCUAAUUGGAGAGGCUGCGCAUGGCUCCUUGCCUUCCUUCCUUGCGCAGGAUGCUUCGUUGUGCGUUGAGGACGCAGCCCUUUUGGCCGCAUCGCUUCUCGAUGUCCCGUUGCACAGCGACGCGGGAUUUGAGUACGUCUUUAAGCAGUUUGAAACACUGCGACGUGAUCGUGCAGAGCGUUAUAUUCGCCAAUCACGUCGGGCCCGCCGCUUCACUAGUUUGUCGUACUCAACGGUGCGGGAUGCGAUGUUGGGGGCGACGCCUUCCGUGGCGCUGAUGUGGUUUCAGAGGUGGCUGUCAAACUGGAGGUACAACUCGCAGCAGCUGGAGGUGGAUCCCAAAAUAAAGGCAGAGACGGCUUUCAGAGGCUGA